AUGGUGGAGGCUGAUCAGCUUGACGUCGCCAGUCUGAAAGUUGCAGAUCUCAAAGAAGAGCUGAAAAAGCGUGGUCUCUCAGUGACGGGGCUCAAGAAGGAUCUCGCCGAACGACUUCAAGAUGCUCAAGAUAGGGACCUGACUGGGAUUACGGAAGACUCUGAGCCAACUGGCGAAAUCAAAGAUGAUGCAGAGGCGCUGGGAGGAUCAUCGUCAGACCCGCAUGAGCAGGAGAGGGUCGAGGAGGAAAAGGUUGAUGGCGAGCACAAGGAGGAAGGAGGAGCUACCAAACCACCAAGUCCUAGAGUCCAGGAUUUGGAGAAGCCCCCACCUGUCUCCAAAGAGGUCACACCGACUCCUCUGGAGCCUGAAAACGCGGCAAUCUCUCCGCACGCCACUGCAGUAGUCGAGGAUGGAAAGGGUGUGGGUGAUGCUAUGUUGGAGGGAGAUGACGUCAAGAUGGAUACUGAGGACUCAGAGAAGGGUGCUGAGAUAUCCGACUCGAACCCCUCUGAAGAUGGGGCAACCGCCCUGAAAUCAUCUGCGAAAACGAACGGACAUGGGCCAGAAGUUCCACGAGCCACAAGGCAAGACGAUGGUGAUACGAGCGACCAACCACAGGCAUCAGGAUCUAGAUCACCUCGUCCAGACGCGCGCACUAGAGCACCUAGUCCGGGCUCCAAGCCCGCCAAACGCGCACGCGAAGAGGACAACUCGGCCCCUGUGAAGCGCUCAAAAUCGACUUACACUACCCCUCUUCCUGUCUCCCUCUCUCACCUCAUUCACCCUCCAACCUCGAACCUGUACAUCACAAAUCUUCGUCGACCUCUUCUUAUCCCUGCAUUACACGACUAUCUCUUACCUGCUCGUCAUCCCGCCGAUCUCCUGCCACCGCCCAAGGCCCCGUUUGCAUCUUUAGAUCAUCCUGGCUUAUGGUUAUCAGGAGUCAAGGACCACGCUUAUGCCACGUAUCCCUCCGUCGAGGAUGCACUAGAGACUGCUGAGAAGAUCGAGGGAGCAACGUGGCCAGAAGAUACGGGAGGUACACUAAGAGUACAAUUUGUACCCGAUGAAGAACUCAAAAGCCUGGUCGAGAGGGAAGAAUUCGCUUGGGCCAAUGGGAGGCAGAAAUUAUCUCUGCAUAUCAAGGAUGGAGACGAGGGAUAUUCAUUCGAGCUUGUAGGAGGAGGAUCUAUAGGAGCUAGAGGGGCUGCAGGAUCAGAAGCCAGCUUCAGAGGGCUAGCAGGGCGGCAGCCACCGCGCGGACCAGCCAGUAUACCCCUGAGUGGAGCCAAUUCUAUCAGAGCGCCGACGGGGCCGAGUGCUGGGACUGGUGGAUCAAGAGGCGACUUGGCGAUUCGUGGACGCGGCGCUGGGUAUGGUUACCCAUCAGGUUUGGGUCGUAACGAUGGCGCGGCCGGUGCGUCUAGGUAUGGCGGCAAACUGGGUGCAGGACCUGGCGUAGAGGGACGGAUAGCGAAUCCCAUGAAGAGGACCAGCACCAGACCUUUCCUCUUCUACAGGGAAGGUCCAGGCGGGGAAUCAUGA